AGCGGCUACCUGCCUGCCCGCCGCCAACCCUGUCUGCCCCGCGACGCUACCCCAGUAUUCGGGCGAUCGCUAGCAUCCGCGCACGCGACAUUCCUCCGUCGAGGGUGUGCGCCACCCGUGUGCGUGUACGUGUGUGCAUGUGCGUGCGUGCUUUCGUUCGUUCGUCGUGAGUGCGCUACGCGAGAGCAGCGGCAGCAUGUUGAGAACGCUGCCGAUUGCAGUUACAGCGAGCAACGUGGGUUUAGCGUGACGCAACCCCGCGUGGCCACGCUCUGUCUGAUCAGCUCGAUCAACCCUCACGCCCGUGUCCGUGCCCGUGCCCGUGCUGAGAGUACACGGGGCUCGCCGGAAGAGUUACCACCUCUCUUGCAACGGGUGCACGAGGCCUGGCUGGACCUCCGGUCAGCAUCCGCGAGACGGACUGAUGUAGCGCGUCGUCAGUAAACUGGUAACAGAAAGGCUUUACCCGACGGCGAUGCCGCGACGUAGAUCGAUCCGAUCGAUCCGUCGAUAUCUCGGUAAUCACGCCACGAGGACGUCUUCACGAAACACCGAAUUCCUGCGAAGAUCUCGCGCCAUCGAGUAAUGCACAAGUGCGCGUCCCUAGACAUUUAGAGGGUCGGGAACUUGAAGGACGCGAAGCGAUCAGUAACGGCUGAGGAUCGUAGGAUCGAUGGGCGGUUUGGGAUUGCUCUCCGUUACGUUAAUUCUAUCCGUUGGAGGAACUCGAUGGUAUUACGACGUCAAGUGAUCAAGAUUUCGCCAUGAGAGACGCGAAAUAACAGCAGCUUGCAGUGUCGGGCACUUUCGACGCGAUGUAAAUCUGCGCGAACAGUGGUUCGAUACAAUCGAUUGUCUCGCAAAAACGGAUACUUGUGGAAUUCGCGUAUGAUGGAAACGCGAGCGUCGGUCCAGUCACCGGAAGAAAUUUACGGCAACCACGGGGAAUCAUACGUUUCGUCGAGCACGGCGAAUCAUCUGAUAUUUGCUGUCAGAUAAUGCAUGGCCAUCGUCGAUAAUGGACCGAUAAUCCGGCUGAGACUCGCAUUACGAAGCUGACCGUCGCAGUCCAGGACGCUUCGCCGAACAUCGAUUGACAAAGAAAAAGAACACGAUUCCGGACUCUUGAUAAAGUAAGCGCGCCUGAGCGAGCUGGGCGUGCAUUUAGAUUUGUGGGAAUUUCUAAUGUUGCAAUUUUUUCGAUUCGCCCGGAAGCAAUGGCAAGAAUGCGAGGAUCGUAACGAGUGAGGAGUCAUCAGCGUUUUAUCUCUCUUUCUCUCUCCAAUUAUCAGCGAUUACGAAUAAGCAAACGAGAAUCAACUCAGAUACUGCCGGUAAAGAUUCUUACGUGUCCAGAUGCUCACGUGAAUCGCGCUGCAUCAUUGGACAAAUGAGAGAAAUCAGAAGACAUUUCUUCUGCGCGCAAAAACGCGAAACUGUUUCUGGACCAGCGUGGAAACGUACGCGAAGAAGCGUUUCUUCCCUCACAGUCAUUGACGCAAGAAGCAUCGAUUGCUAACGGGGACUCGGCGAGGUACCUCGCGAGCAGCAAUUUUAAUGCAAUCGCUUGUGCCCGUUGCCAUUGCGAGGGAAGUGGGAAUCGUUAGCGGCUCCGUGCGGAAAUCCCGCGGAAGAUUAAUGAACGACGCGGUCGGUGGAACGGCGUCGCGACGAUAGUACCCGAGGACGAUAGGAACCGCUAUAGGCUCCGAGGAAAGCAGCGUCUCUCUUCCUCCAGCGGUCCGGCGCGGCGGUGACGCCGAUCGGGUCGGCUGGAUGCUGUCGCGCUUCCUGCAGGAAUUGUCGUCGGCGGAGAACGGUGUCGUCGCCGAGAAACGCACGGGGACGGGCUUGUGAUCGUACCGGCAACGGGCCGGUCGUUCCCGUGCCCCAAACGAUCGCGCAGCGAUCACCACGGUCGCCGCCGACGGCAGUGAUGUGACGGCGGCGAAGGCAGGCGAGGAGAUGACGGUGACGGUGACGCCGUCGACUUCCGAUGUCGCCGAUAAGGCGGUGUCGACGGACGAUGGCGGCGGCGGCGGCAUGGAGGUGGCGCGUCUCGAGGCCGUCCUCGCCGCCCUGGUGGAGACGAAGGUGGAGGCGAUGAAGGCGUCGUCGACGCUCAGCCGACGUUCCGGCAGUGCGCCCGCGAGUCCGCGCCGACUUAGAUUGACCUCGACCUCGACGGCCUCCUCCUCGUUGAACCAUCACCACCAUCAUCAUCACCAUCAUCAUCAUCAUUCGCAGCAGCAGCAGCAGCAGCAGCUCAACAAGAAGAAGGCUCAGCAGCAGCAUCAUCACCAUCGCCGCAAGCGUCACGACUCCGCGCCCUGUGGAAGUGAAUACCUCAACAACGUGACGGAUCACUCCCAGCACAAGCUACCUAACGAAAAAGGACGGAGAAGAGCUUCCGAAACUCCUCGAAGCCCUCGAAAGAAGCGCAGGCAUUCGAGGAGCCCAAACGUUCUUCAAGGCGUCGUUCAAGAUGUUCACGUCGGCCUCGAUUCGCGCUUCGAGCUGCUCGGCAUUGACGGCGACCAAGAUGUGGCCCUAAUAAAUUUCGAAAGGGCUAAAGAAGUUCUCGGCGACUCCUGCGAAUAUCCGCGGCUGCACCGAAGUGCCUGCUACUUUUCCCAAAGCGCAGCUCAAUUAAAAAUUCAUUACGACGAUGACGACUACGUGGCGUUGAACGUAGCCGACGAGCUGGAGGAGGAGGAGAUCCUGAGCGGUCCGGAGAAGCUGGACGAGCCUCAGGGAAGAUACCACCGGCCGCGAAGAAAGCGCAAACGUAAACGGCGCAAAAUCGACUCCGUCGGCCCGGAUGAGGAGCUCGUCGAUCCCGGGGAACUUCCGCCUCGUGCGCGAUGGACGAUCGUCGCGACAGCUUGUCUUCUGCUCGCCAUGUGCUUGCUCUUGGUCGGUGUAACGCUGCGGAUGGCGCCUAUAAUCGACGACAUGGUACGGAAGGAGAACGAGGAGCUGCUGAACUCCCUGAACAGGGAUAUUUCCGUGCCCGAGAACGUCACAGCGCCGCCCUAAAGGGGGAUAAUCCUUUUGGACGGAAGCGCAUCGCUUGUCCGUCGCUCUCGAUACGCUUCAGCCGCGCCAAGCGGGAGUCUCGCCUCGCGGGAGGAACACGCUUCAUGAUGGCGAGCAACGUCGCAGGAUCAACGUCGGCAUCGCUACGUUUCGUUUUACGAAGCGUCGAACGCCCGGCCGGGAAUUCGAGGGGGAAAUUUCAAGAUGAUGGUGAGAAACAUCGGCGGUUCUGCCGUCUCCGACAGAUCUCGAAUCGGCGUCAUGCUGAUUAGUAAAGCGUAAAGCGGUGCGCCGCAGCUUUGACAGGAUGCGCCAAUCGCGCGUCCUUGCGACGUCGCAGGAACGUUGCUGCGAAAAAUCCGAUCGCCACGUUCGUAUCGUGUUUCGUCGUUUAUUGUAUCGUUGCCGCGUUCCCAAACGUCGCGUUUGGUACAUAUAUAUGUAUAUACAUGCAUGUCUCUCGUAUCGAUGCAGACUAGGUGCUCCCGAUUCCAGCAAGCUUCUCCAAUAAAGAGCUCGCUUCGAUUGGAGUGGUGUGCCGGGCCAGCAUUCAACCUGAAUUAUUGCCCAAGUUUCGCGAAGAUUAAACAUUUUCAGCAGCACGAUUUAUACUCGAUAAGUACGCUUCAAACGGAAACUUGCGAAGUCUCGAAGAUAAGAGCCGCAACGUGGCUUCAACAAUUGUCCCUUAUCAUCUCGACAUUAUUCGCAUCUGUCGCAUCGUGAUCGCGAACACGAAUCAAGCAGCGUCCUAGUCUGCACUGAAACGAGUUGUAAUUCUCUAAGUGCAAUCUCUGAUGAGAGCCCGGAGCUCGCGCAGUUCGAUCGUCGCGAGGUAAUCCGACGAUAGAUCGCACACCGAACGCCAACAACGAAGGAACGAUUUACAAUUAGAGGAGUGACACGCGAGAGAACAGUAUAGACGUGGACGUGGAUCUGGCCGUCCGUCGGCGAUGGAAAUCGGUGGUCGCGCGAGACCUUUCAUCGUGUGCCUAUCCACUUCCUCGGACGUGCGGACGUGGACAUACGUGGCCCGAAUCAGGUACACGUGAUGUAUCGAUCUGCGUCAUCAGCAUGCGAAUAUACGGUACUUUACACAUUGCGCGAGGGGAGGCAGCUGUCACGGAAAUCGUGUCACCAGACGGAAUCGACGGCUUCUCUCUCCCUCCGUCUCUCCCUCCUCUCCCUGUUUCUUUCUUUCUCUCUGCUCUUUUACACGUCUUCCAGGACGAGAAGGGACAAGGCUCUCGAUGAACCGAGGCUCUCUCAGCCGCUGCCGAUUCUUCGCGCCGACGACAGACCCGGAGUGUUUUUUGUGCAUAUAGAAAGCUGUACAUAUAAGGAUGAUCGUUAUUAACAAUCGUUUGUAGACACAUCGAGAGGAUAAUCGAGAGAUAACGGCGGUAUUGUUGUUGUCAAUUGUAAGAUAAAUUGUCGUAGAAGACGCUCGUCGAAAUUGCGCGAUACAAAAAGUAAAGAGAAAAAGAAUGGUGCAAGGAUUGAUGAUUAGCUAUGAUUAUUGAAAUGAUGCGCUCGUAUGUGCUGUGCGUGUGCGUGUGUAUUGUUGUACAUGUGUGAGAAUAUAGUUAACACUAUCGCACGAAACGGCCCAAGUAUUUUUAUUCGCUUCAUUCUGCUGCUCUCGGUGCAAUUUCCCAUCUCGCUUUGUGACUAAUUGCUUAAAAGUUUUAUCGGACGUUUUUCGCUGCGAUGAUGGCGAUUCAGCGGCAACUUUUCCCGAUACGUUUAUUUUGCGGCGCUUUCACGUGUGGAAAAUAUUGUUUGCGAACGCAACUCGAGCUAAUAAAUCUUGUACUUUUGCAAUUAAGCGAUGUUCGUAAUUUUAAUAGCGGCACGCUCAUCUAUACUUCACAAUUUUUGCAAGCAGCAUUUAUUAUUCUCACAAGAAUAUGUGAUUUAUUUUUAAAAAACUUUCAAACUCUUAUAUUCAACCAUUACAUUCACUGUGUACUAGUCGCUUUGUUUGUGACUGGAAUUAUUUCACUCGAUAUUGUCAGAUGAAAUCUGAUGUCGGAAUCAAUCUCUGAAACAAGCGACAUUUUGCGACAGUAAAAAAGAAUCAAUAUAAUACGUAUAUGGAUAAAAUAAAAUAAAUAUAGCUCUCGGUGAAGCAUAGUCUGAGCACCGUUCACAUUCGAUCCAGCUUACGCUGAGAAAUGUAACCGACACGUUCGGACAAAAGUCCCCAGCGGCACAAUAAUGUCGAACGUCGAAGUCGACCGAAGACCGAAAGAAGUCUAACAGGAAUUUCAAGAAAAUCUUAUUCGCUUAAGAAAGCCUUGCCCACGUGACGCUCGACAAAUCGCUUUCGAUCGUUCACAUCAAUAGAAGAGCGUUACUUCUUUAAUCUUUACAUUUUUCCUUUUAGAGCACAAAAGGGAUGCGUAUCAAAGCGUAAAUGUAAUUCUCUCUCGUCUACCAUUCCGUAAACUCUUUUUUACUCGUUAUUUCGAUAUACGAAUGUAUGGAAUGGGCGAUAUUCCGAUGAAUUAAUUUCAAUUAGAGCAUAUCGUUUCAAAGAGGAAUUCGAUCAUAAUUUCGAAUCUCUGCGAGUUGGCAGGCUCGACAUAAAGAGAGAGGAAACUUUUCUAUCCGAGUUAAUAUUAAUACGUUAGCAUCUACGAUAAAUACUGUUGGAGUUUACGUGCGUAUGUAUUAUAUGUAUAGCGAUUAGUCCCUAAUGCCGUUUUCCGCGAUGGGAAGCACGUGACGCGUAAUCAGGCGCUUAUCAAGCGCUUAAAAGGAGGAAGUGCAUUAGAAUUUUUGUGACGAUUUAUUACUGGACUCGCAAUACGUAUACGCCGGACGGCGUUCGUCUCGAAAAUACUAUACGAUCGCGCGACUGAUGGACCAGUAAGCGGCGACCAGAAGAAUUCUUCUUCGUCUUUCGACCAAUCUCUUCGAAUCAUCAAUCUCUCUGUCUUACGUGCCGAAUUAACGCGCGUUUGCGUUUCCGCGUCCCGCUGUCUAUUCUAAAGAACCGUCCCGAGAAUGAUUUCGUUCUGCUGAAAAACUACUUCGCCGAUCGUCAAGUCUAAUAUCUUUUCCAUUACCUUACCGUACGAUAGGAACGACGACGCAGGCUCGAUCGAUCGAUCGAUUGCGUGAUCAACUGAUUGCUUAUCGUCGCAGAAAGGAGACGAUCAGUGUGAUAGAUACGUUUGCGUCGCACAAUCAAUCGGCAAACGUUAUCGCCGAUCUUUCGCGAUACGUAUUCUCGCAUACAAGAACAUACAUAUAUUGUACAGAGGCUCAUGAAAACCCGGUCUCUCGGACGAACGUCGGGAUUUUUUUCCAGAUGAAAUCGACGUUGAGGAUCGUUAUAGCGGAGGAAGUCGCAGCGAAUCUUGUCGAUAGGUUUAUUAUUAGUAGUUUUUAAAGUAACUCACGGCCGUAUAUCUCGCGCCGGAAUAUUUCGGCCACGGCCGAUCGACUCGGCGACGAAGACGCAAUAAUUCACUGUGUCGCGUGAAAAUUCUCGCGCGAGACCCUUUUCUAUGAAGGCAUUUCCCUUUUCUACCUGUAAUCGUUAAUAAAUUCUGCUAGGGCCACUUGUAGAGAGAGUAUAUUGAACCUUCGUCCCCGCAUCUUCUUUUGCGUACGCUUGGAGAUCACUUGGCCUAAUGUGAGAAGUUCGUUUACGUCUAAUAAGCGAGCUAAUAAAUAGUUUAGUAACCGCGCGCGCUCGUGGUUUCCUGAAUGGUCUCGUAGAGAUUCCACGAGCGCGGAUAUCGAGUUCGACGAGUGUUCGAGCGUGUAGUGACGUUAUAGAAACUUCGUACGAGGAUAAAUAGAAAGAUAUAUAGAGAGAGAAUAAGAAAAGAGUGAAAGAAAGAUAUGUUAUUGCGCUGGUCGCGUCUUUAUUUCUUACGAGACACUAUGAUACCACCGAGGAUGCAAUCGCGCCGAUUUGGCAUCGCGUGGCGCAUUGGCGACGCUCCUUUUGUCAAGUACUGCAUUGUACUUUUAAAGUCUAAGCUCUCGAGAUGCGUGUGCCAAACCUGCGUUUGUACGAUAUGCACUCCAGUUUCCUUCGACAAUCAUAGUGCCGUACGUUAGUGUGAGUACGUUUUUGCUUGUGCGCGCGUUUUUACGGGAAGAGAACGGGCAUUUUUCCCCUGCGGGGAACGCAGCGCGGCUCGUUACGCGAGCGACAAGCCUUUACGGAAAUAAGCAAAUUGUUCAUCAAUUGAUUGCUCAAGAUUGUUGAAUCGGGAAGUGCGUAGGAUAAGGUAGCUUCCAUGUCUUGCAUUGCUUCGAUGUUAUUUUCUCACUUCACGGCUUUGACAUCGCGUUCGCGAUAUACGAUGCUAUCGACAGAUAAAUGUGUUCGCUGCGAGAAAAUUUAGAGGUGUCGAUGAGAUGCACAAGAUAAUGAUUUUUAACAAUUCGCUCAAAAGUUCAAAUACUUAAUAUGAUCGAGAGAGUUCAAAGAAGCGUGAUUAUCAAAUUGUUCCGAUAUCGUAAUUCGAUAUUAUUCAAAUUGUUCCGAUAUCGUAAUAAACCAAUUUGGAAAAUCCAUCUGCUUUGAAUAGAUAUUUUGUAUAUGAUCCUACGUGGCCUACACGUGAUUAUAUAGUGGCAAUAUUUAAAUACAAUUUUUAAAAAUUACAGUAAGAUUUUCAUUAGAAAAAAAUUAUAUUAAGAGUUUGCUAUCGCUAUGCUUUUUGUUUCUAGAAAGACAGAAAAUCUAUUCUUAUUAUCUCUAAACUUACCAUCGUCUCAAUUUUUUUAGUAAAGUGCACAUAAUGCACAGGAAAUUUAAAAACGUAUACGUCUCUUGUUUUCUACAUGAAAAACAAGAAGACAGUGAUUGCUUUGUUAAAAAUGAAAAACGAUACAUAGUAAAGAAUAACUAAUAAACUCUGUGCAUACAAUUAGAAAAUGCAUAUGCGAAUAACUGUGCGGGUUUUUGCAGUAACAAUUGGACGACGCGCAUAAUACUGAACAAUAAGCAGGUUGCAUCAAAAGUCUUUGUAUGCAACUUUCAUCUUGUCGCUCUCGUACGCGAAGCAAGCGUGUUUUAUUCAAGAGAAAGAGUCACGCGAGUAGCAUAUUUCGGGCACGUUGACGAGAUUUUACGCCAGGGAUUGUAAUAGUAAUACGAUAAUAUCUCGACCACACACGCGCGAGGUGUGUAUAUUAGAGCGAGACACUUUUUGUUGCGAGAUGUUAAAAGUGGAUAAAAUAUUAUUAAAAAAAAUUUAUGUUUCUAUAUUGUAAUAACGUUUAUGUAUAACGAAGUUAUUACGAUGCAAAAAAUAUACAUAUAUACUAGUUGUCCGG